AUGUUACCUCGAAAGACUACUCGCACAUGCUUGGCUUUAUGGGUCAUUGCUUCAUUUAGAACCGAGAUCAAAGAUGGUCUCGAACGUAUGUGGUACCGUGGUUCAGUGCCCUCGAGGUCAGAAGCUGGGGUGAAGAAGGUUCGAUCACCUAAUUUCUUGCAAGGGAUGCUGUAUGGAGUCCCGAACUACGACACUUGCGCCUCUCCCGAUGGACCCAUACCUUCUUCGAUGCCGGGUGAUGCACCUUUUUCACAAGGGCAAAAUUCCUAUAAACGUGCCAUUACCUGUCCCCGUGGAAUUCAAAACCUAUCUGGAGGAGUCGUUUUACUGGUUCCAUGCACAAGCUGUGAUGCGGCGGAAAUUUUUGCCGAGACUCCAUUGCUUACACGGCUUCCAAAAGCCGGUUUCGACGUGUGUUGGGUAAAUCUGCCAUUCCAUGGUCUAGGGGACAUGCAGCUUUCGGGGGAGUUCGUGGCGUACGCUGUUAGCCACCUUGCCAACUCCUCAUCUAGUGGCAAGGUAAAUGUUGUGGCCUAUAGUCAAGGCGGCGCAAACGCUCAGUGGGCUAUCACUUUUUGGCCAUCUAUCCGCAGUCAAAUCAUCAACCUCGUGACGAUAGCUUCACCACACAAAGGAACCUUAUUCACGGAUCCCAUGUGCAAGGUUCUGAACGUUAUUGGAGGAUGUUUGACUUCCGUCUUGCAGAUGAGUCCGAACUCUCGAUACAACAGUGCAGUGUUUAAAAGGUCUAUCGAAAAUGGUGGACAGGAGGCAUUAGUUCCGACCACUUCGAUCUAUACGUUUGGUGAUCAGUUGGUUUUACCUCAGGUGUCAAACUCAAACGGGGCCUCUUAUCUAUCCGGAGCUUCAAAUAUUGCCCUUUCAGAAGCAUGCGGCAGAAAUCAUAUCAUAGAGCACUUCGGUAUUGUCUAUGACAUGGCUACGUAUGGUUUGGUUUACGAUGCUUUGAGUCACGGUCGACCCGCGAGUCUAGAAAGCUUUGAUCUAUUGCGAAAGCCAUUCACGCGAAUUCUAAUGAAGGUCAUGACGCAAUCAGAUAAAAACCUUUUGAGGACAUCGCUUAAGCUUCCGUCACAUGUCCGGACAUUGUGGCGAGGGCUGGUCGGGAGACCCAUGGAUCGUCUCGAUAGGAUGAAAAAGGUCUAUACUUUCUCAGGCUUGCCCAGUGAACCACCAUUGAUGCCUUAUGUGUGUGAAAAAGGAUAUGCGCCACAGAGCCACUGCUCCACUAUUGGUUUCUGUCAGAAUCGAUCUAACAAGACCGCUAUCAAGACAUCUCGACGCAAUAUAAGCGCCAUCGCUCGCGUAUACACCACUCAAAUCGUUUUACCGUCAUUUUCCCGGUGGGUAGUGGUUGUCGGCAAGGCUGCUGAUGUCACUUCAGGAUCGUACACACACUUGCUACCAUCCUGA